AUGACCCAUCCACUGGAAAAUAAAGAUCGUCCCCGCAAAUAUCCAUUCAUCAAUAUGAAAAUUGAUGAUUACACAAUACUGGACACCAUCGAGGGACGUUUCAAUUGCUCCCAAUGCCUGCGCUCACGUAAAUUUUUCUGUUACAACUGCUACAUACCUGUUGGGAAUCUGGGCGAGAUUAUACCAAAAGUGCGGAUACCCCUCAAAAUAGAUAUAAUUAAACAUAAGAAGGAAAUCGACGGAAAAAGUACGGCCAUCCAUGCUGCCGUUUUGGCACCGAAUCAAAUUCAAAUUUAUACAUAUCCCGAUAUACCAGACUAUAGCCAAGAAGAAGGUGUAGUACUUAUUUUUCCGAGUGUGGAAAGUGUAACGGUGGCACAACUAUUCGAACGUAAUGUAAGGCUGUGUAAGGAGAAUAACUUCGGUUAUCCCAAAGGACAUAAUGUGGGGACAUUGCUGAAGAGGCGAGUGGACGAAAUUGUCGAGGAAAUACAAGAAAGUACAGAUGAACACUUGGGGCGAAUAUACACAUAUGACAAUUUGCCAAUUAAAAAGGCGGUAUUCAUUGACAGUACCUGGAAUCAAAGCAGAGGCAUUUAUAAAGAUGAGCGUGUGAAGUCACUGAAACCUGUUAUAUUACAGAAUAGAUGUUCACAAUUUUGGCGUCAUCAAAAAGGUAGUCCUCGCUGGUACUUGGCUACCUUGGAAGCGGUGCAUCAAUUUCUAUUGGAAGUGCACGUCAAUGCUUGGGGAUUGAAUAAACACUAUAGAGGACUAGAUAAUUUAGAAAUAUGUGAAUCGUUUUAUAAAACUGCGAGACUUGUGGAAGACACUGAAGAUAAUGUAGAUCCAUUAGCCCCGUAUAAUGGUCAAUAUGAUAAUUUAAUGUAUUUCUUUGCCAAUAUGUAUGACUUAAUUCAUAAAUAUUAUGAUCAUCAUGAACUCAAGUCGUAUAGAAGACCUAUAUGAAAAUAAAU